AUGAUGAGAACUUGGACGGGCUUCAUUCACGCGAUCUGCGCUUGUCGGACGUCGGAGAACCAGCAGGCUCUGCCGGACAAUCCAUGUGCUAUUGGUUCAGAAUGCAUCAAGGGAGCUGGCACGCCUUUACACACAAAGGCAAGGUGUCAUAAUUGA